UUACUCACCCUUUGUGGUUUGACACAUUGCAAGCAUGGAGGUGUGUGUGUGAGAAAAAUCUAAUUUUGAUACGGACAUUGAACAGACACAUAUCCGAGAGGGAAAACAGGGUUUACGGUGGAAAAGAAGCACGUCGACUGACUCUCGCGCCCCGGUGACUCCCAUGUCUAUUUUCGGGGUGAGUCUCACCCAAAAUAUCCGUAAUCCUACAAUGGGCUGUGGGGCUUUACUCGGAAAAUCCACUAGCAGCUGUUUAGGUAGCCGAAGAUAGGACCAAGACAUCGGACCGAGACAACGGUGGCCUGUCCGCUUUUGUCCUACGCUGCUCGGCCCGGUGUCUGACAGGCCCCUGAGGAGCUCUUUAAAUGUUUAAAUCCAGUCUUCGUCAGAUAUCGUGGCAGUGAAUCGAUUUCUUCACAGUCCCUCUGAGCGGAUGGAGUGAAUUGUGCAAAAAGGGGAGAGAGACAGACCGCAGUUUGGUUGCGUGUGAUGAUAGGAGACACAAUGACGCUCUUGUCUCUUCUGGGUCGGAUCAUGCGUUAUUUUCUCCUCAGGCCGGAGACAUUGUUCCUGUUGUGCAUCAGUCUGGCGCUGUGGAGUUACUUCUUCCACACGGACGAGGUGAAAACCAUCGUCAAGUCCAGCCGGGACGCCGUGAAGAUGGUGAAGGGGAAAGUGGCGGAGAUGAUGCAGAAUGACCGGCUGGGAGGCCUCAGUGUCCUGGACGCAGAGUUCUCCAAAACCUGGGAGUUCAAGAACAACAACGUCGCCGUGUACUCCAUACAGGGGAGAAGAGAUCACAUGGAGGACCGCUUCGAGGUGCUCACCGACAUCACCAACAAGAGCCACCCGUCCAUAUUCGGCAUAUUUGACGGUCACGGUGGAGAGGCUGCAGCUGACUACGUGAAGGCCCACCUGCCAGACUCCCUGAAGCAGCAGCUGCAGGCCUUUGAGAGAGAGAAGAGAGAGAGCACUCUCUCUCACAGCAGCAUCCUCGAGCAGCGCAUCCUGAGUGUAGAUCGAGAGAUGCUGGACAAGCUCUCUGCCAACCACGAUGAAGCAGGAACAACUUGUCUCGUAGCGCUGCUGUCAGACAGAGAACUCAUCGUGGCAAACGUUGGAGACUCUCGUGGUGUGUUGUGUGACAAAGAUGGGAACGCUGUUGCACUUUCACAUGACCACAAGCCGUACCAGCUUAAAGAGCGCAAGAGGAUCAAGAGAGCAGGUGGUUUUAUCAGUUUUAAUGGAUCGUGGAGAGUCCAGGGAAUCCUGGCAAUGUCCCGCUCUCUGGGGGACUACCCACUGAAGAACCUGAACGUAAUCAUCCCCGACCCAGACAUCAUGACCUUUGACAUGGACAAGCUGCAGCCAGAGUUCAUGAUCCUGGCAUCAGACGGCCUGUGGGACGCUUUCAGCAACGAGGAGGCCGUUCGGUUCGUCCGCGAGCGUCUGGACGAGCCUCACUUCGGCGCCAAGAGCAUCGUCCUCCAGUCUUUCUACCGUGGCUGCCCUGACAACAUCACCGUCAUGGUGGUGAAGUUCAAAAGUAGAGCUGGGGGGAAUAAUAGUAAGGCAGGGGAGUAGGUAUGAGUCAAGUUGAGAGCUUAGAGAUCAAUGUUUUUCAAAUUCCGUUGGAUGGAGAAACGAGUUUAAUGUCACAGGAGGACUGGAGAAAUAUUGAUACAGAGAACAGAACAGUUCACACACAUGCAAAAACACACACAAAAAUAAUGUUUUUUUUUGUAGGUUAAAGGGCAUUUAAACACAAGACAUAUCUGCUGACCUAAUGGGGAAUACAUAAGAAAUAUGUAAUUCAACAGUUGAGAUGCAUUUAUCCAGGCAUUUUUCUCUUUACCAGCACCCAUUAGACUGUGAUUGAUUUACUACUGUUUACUGUACAUGAAUGGUACCGCUUCACUGGAGGCUUAUAAGUGGAGGCUACAAUAGUGCCUAUUCAAGAGUUACUGUGCAAACACAGGAAGCUACUAAAAAGGACACUAGUACUGCAUUUUGAUGUUGCUCCCAAUUAAUGUAUGCGUCUGUUACACUUCUGAGAUUGGAAAAUGUUGUCAAAUAUAAAAAGACUCCAGUGGAGCCAUACCUUUAUUUAACUUGAUGUUAUGCUGCUCCUUAUAUCUAACUUUUGAGUAUCAAGAACUCAAUGUAGAACUUAGAGGAAGAUGUUAAACAUUUACAGUUUCACCAUCUGGCUGAGGUGAGCCUGGAGCAGAGCGGUAGUGGGAAAACAAAUAGCCUAAUAUGGAUUUAAAAAGCAACGGCCCGGAUAGUGUGUGAACAACUCUGACCAAUCACAAUACUAGUACUGUUCUGUGGGUUGAAUUUCUUUAAACCCUCAGGUGCUAACACAUCUGUAAGAAGAAAAAGCAGACAUUAAAAGCUGUAAAUGUUGAAGCAGAAAACUACUGAAUGGUGAGAUUGAAUAUGAAUGGCAGACACAAGCUCAUUGUAAAAACAAAAAUGUGAUAUCCAAAAGUUUCUUUUUUAAGUUAUUGGAUUUCUUUUUUAAAUGCAAUUACUAAUUCAUCAAUUAUAGAUGGAAUACGUUAACAGAACCAGUAAUUGGCUUGGAGCUGGAGUUGGCUUCUAUAUGCCACUUUUUCGUUGAAGGCUGAAAACUCCAAAACUGUAACUCUACUUUUCAAUAGAGCAGAAGGUUAGUGAUACUCAGAAGAUAGAUUUUGGAUAGAGUAUUACUUUAACAUACAACACAUGCACACAGACACACAAACAGUUAUGUUAAUAAAAAGCACCUUCAGAUGUUUAUUUUUGGAAUGGUAAAUGAUUGCAUAUCAGCCAAUGUAAACACUGUCUAUCCUCAAUAAUACAAGAGGGUUAUAAUGUAUGUAGAACCUGAUGUAGUUACUGAACUUCACCUCUUGAUACGGCAAUUUUAUGGAGCUCAUGUAAACUGUUCCGUUAAAGUUGUUUUACACCGUCUGUAUCGGGGCAUGUGCUAUGGCUUGUUCAUGAACAAAGUACAUAGUUUGUAUCCAUGAACACUGGUGGCUGCCUUUGACCUGGGAAAUGCACGGAACAGGUGGUGCAACAAACUUCCACAUCUCUGCUGCCAUCAGAAAAGGACUAAAGUUUGACACAUCGUGAACUGUACAGCCAGAAUGCUAGUAGCUAGAAAUAUGAUAUGCUCCUGAAGCAAUACAACACCCUGUUAAGGGAGAAUAAAGCAAACCAUACUUCAUUUGCUACCGUUUUAUGUUCAACUAUGCUAUACUACUGUGUUUAUUGACAUUUGCAUCCAUUGAAAAAAAACUUUUUAAGUUUACCUAAUGCCUUAUUUAUUGUUGAGUUUUGUUGGUUGUCUUGCUGAUCACCAAACGUAUAUUCGUUUUGUUGUCCUUCUGUACAUGAGCAGAAGUUUACAAUAAAUAGCUAAUCACUUUAAUUGAUAAGCAGUCAAUUAAUCAAACAUGUUGAGCUGAUGCUCAGAGUGUAAAAAGAGAAGUGUAAAUACAUCCUGUAUGUAAACUCUGUAUUAAACAAACUCUUUCAUCUUCAA